GAACGUUUCAACUUUCGACAUAUAAUCGUAGUAUCGUGGAGAAGGAAUUGAACAUUUAUAAAAUACUUGUCAACGUUUCAUGUAUGGAAACUUAACAAUUUUUUAAAGUUUGCGUCAUGUUGACACGUCCCAAAUAAAUGAGCGAAAGAGAGACGAAGAAGGUGAAAAUGUGCGACAAGGUGAAGGACAAUCCAUUUGCCGCUCUCUUUUCCUCCAGUCAAAAACCAGUAUCGUUUUCUUCACAACAAACGGUUACAGACGAACAAGAGAAAUCUCCAGAAAUACAGCAAGCGCCAACGGAGCAGAUAAAACCAAAAGAUACUGCAAAAAAAUAUUCUGCAGAUGAUUUGCUUGCAGAGGCUUUUGGUCUAACAACCAAUCCUAUUAACGAGGAUCCCUUGAAAAAAUAUCUAGUUUACGUCGAUGCACAAUCUGCAGAAGAUGCCAUUUUCGAACGUCUUAUGUUCACCGACCUCAAAUCACGUCUGGUCCCACCUUGUGACGGCAAAAAAUGGACCUGUGAUAGUCACACAGUGGAAACGGAAAUAAUACCAUACUUGUUCGAGAGUUUUUGUAGAUUAAGAAAGAAAAAGCAAUGUUUAGAAAUCAAAGAAACAAGAGAAAGUUUGGAGAAAAUAGCGUUAAGGAAUGUCAGCACCGCGCUCCAAGUACCUAAUUUUUUCCCUGGCCAAGAGGUACACUCCCAAUUUGCCUGUCUUUUCAAAGAUUUUGGAGCCAUAUCAAAUGACAUGCCAGACUUCAUGACUGGUAUAUUAGCUGAGCUUGAUGCCCCCAAUCUCAAGCCGGAUGACGAUACACUGAUCUCAGCGUUUUCGCCAAUUUUGGAUUACAUUAAAAAAGAAGCGGAAACUCGUAACUUGCUUACGUUUAGUCAAUGUUGGUUCGAUCUGCUGCUUACAUUCGCAUCAUUCGAACCCCUUGCUAAACUAAUCAUCAGCCACAGCUCACCUGAAGGAACUAAUGGGCGUGUAUAUUCACAGACUCUUCUAGGAGUUUUAUUCUCCUACAGCUGUUUGCCCGACGAUCCACAAGCACAAUUUAUUUUCUUUGAUAAGCCACUCGAACAGGUUAAAUCUGCUUUUGAGGGAAAUAUUUGGACCGCUCUCGAUUCCCUCUGCAGUUCUCUCCACCUGCUUUUACACACAUUGCUCAAACUUUCUCCAGAAGUGCGUCACAUGACGCUGACCUGGCUCGGCAAAUGUUUAAAUGCAAAUGCGAUUCGGGGCAAAAUUUGGAACACGCAGCAUGAUUUGCUGAGCGGUCUUUCUUCGGUUUCAGAUGGUUUUAUGCUCAAUCUUGGUACCGUUAUGCUUCGACUUUGUCAGCCCUUUUGUGCCAAAUUUAACGAUGUUAAAGCUCUCAAAAUUGAUCCAACCUAUUGCUCUUUGGAGGCAAAGGAUGAAGCCGAGAGUCGCAAUCGUGGACUACACAUGCAGGGUAUGAGUUCGGAAACUUGCCUUGUACCAACGAACGAGGGCGAGACAAGAUUAGCUUCCGAAAGCUUCGGCUUCGUCACAGAGUGUUUUUUCAUCACUCAUCGUACGCUCGAUCUUGGCUACCGCGUUGUAUUAGGAAAAUUGAUGCGUGCUAAUCAAGAUCUCGCAAGGGUACAGCGAUUGCUCGCUGACAUACAAGAGAACGAUCCACCCAUGCAACAAUAUGCUUUCAAACAAAUGGAAAAAGAAACCAUCAAAUACAUGUCACUGAGGGCAAGUCUCCUAGCGCCAGAGAUGCUGAAUCUUUUGUCGAUUUUCCACGCAACGACAGCAUUUUGGCUCAUCCAAGUGAAUCUCGACAUUGAUGCUGACAGCUCGAAAAGUUCAACGAACCGAGUCAACUAUGCUCCAAGAGAACUGAAAGACGUAACAUUCCCACUGCCCGAAACAGUACCAAACACCGUGAAGUGCGUGCCCGAAUUUGUCGUUGAAAACACUGUUGGUUUCGUUUGUUUCAUCAAACGCUUGUCACCAAAUACCUUCGAAGAGCAAGGACCGAACUUUCUCAAUCCUAUUCUCACAGAGAUCCUGGCCCUUAUGGGAUCGCCAAAAAGAUUAUACAAUCCUCAUUUAAGAGCUCGUCUUGCCGAAGGACUCGAGGCACUUUUGCCCACGAAUGAAGAUGCCAACCAACCUCGAGCCUCGCUCGGCUCUUUGUACAGAGAAAUGUUAUUCCUCGAACAUCCACAUAGACAACAAAUAGUACCAAAUUUACUUCACGUAUUUGUGAGUAUCGAAAUGACUGGUCAGAGUGUCGAAUUCGAACAGAAAUUUAACUAUCGUCGACCAAUGUACAUCGUGAUGGAUUAUAUCUGGAAACUUGACGAACACCGCAAUAUUUUCAAAAAUUUGGCAGAGGAAGCUGAGAGAAAUAUGGAAGCGGUGCAGCCGCCUUUAUUCCUACGAUUUAUAAAUCUCUCAAUGAACGAUGCGGUUUUCCUGCUGGACGAAGCUCUCACAAAUAUGGCACAGCUCAAGCAGCUGCUUCAAGCACGGGAAAACGGGGAAUGGGAAAAUUUGCCAAGGCAAGAACGGGACCAGCAAACGAGCAAUCUUCAGCGAAUUGGAAUGAUCGCUCGUUUUGACAAUAUACUCGGACGCGAAACGAUAAACACGUUUAAAAUGCUUACUACCGAAAUCAAAUCGAUAUUCUGCCACCCGACAAUGGUCGAUCGUAUCGCUUCGAUGCUCAAUUAUCUCUUGCUACAGCUCGUCGGUCCCAAUAGUCGGAAUCUCAAGGUCAAGGACCAAAAGGAGUAUGAAUUCAACCCAGCGACUUUGGUACUGAAUAUAUGCGAGAUUUAUAUAAACCUGAGUGAGAAUGAGAAUUUCACUCUUGCCGUGUCACAAGACGGACGUUCUUAUACUUCUGAAUUGUUUGACCUUGCCGAAAAUGUUUUAGUUCGAAUUGGGGGUGUUGGUAUCCUCGGAGAUCUCAGCAGCUUCGCUAAACGGGUCAAGAAAGCUGCGAGCAUAAAGAAAGCAGAGGACGAAUUAUUGAACAACGCCCCUGACGAUUAUCUCGAUCCGAUAAUGUCGACAUUAAUGAUCGAUCCUGUAAUUUUGCCGUCCUCUAAAAUAACCGUGGAUCGCCAAACGAUAGCACGUCAUCUACUGAGCGAUCAAACCGAUCCUUUCAAUCGUUCGCCAUUGACGAUGGACAUGGUAAAAUCGAAUACAGAACUACGCGCCGAAAUUGAGGAUUGGAUAAAGCAAAGAAAAGCAGAAUGCUCCUCGACCAGCAACGCUCAUCAGUGACAUAUUUAGAAACAAGAAAGCACUACUAAAAACAGACAAAACUAUAAAGCGAAGAGAAGAAAAUAUAUAAUAUAUUCUAUUCAUUCCCAGGACAGUCGCAAUGAACGAAAAGUCAAAUAUAUAAACAGAUAUAAAAUUCAAAUCGGUGAAUCGAUUCAAAUCAAUUUUAAUCGAUGACUGUAAAAUCAUGUGGAGAAUAUUCGUAUCAUUUGUUCUCACCCACAGUUGAGAUUUUUAGUCUCAACUAUUUUUGCCUAAAAUCCUCAGACGCUUUCGAGACAUUAGAAGUUAUUUGGAAAACCGAUUAUUUUUGUUCAUAAACUCAAGUCACGAAGGGUUGCGAACAAAGGUAAAAAAAAUCCUGUUCUCCGACGAAUUACUGUAAAAUAAAUUAUUAGCGUGGUAGAAGAUGGAAUCUUUUUCUACUGGAUUAUUGUUUUCUUUUAUGGUCAAAGAAUCUUAUACUAUAAAAAAAUGAUUUUUUCUGCAGGCCAUAAAAGAGCGCGUGAUCUGUGAUCGUGGAGUGUUUUAAGUUUUUCUCAUUUUAUUAUUGAUGAUUACUUCGAUGACGUAACAUCGAUUGUGUUUAUCAAAUGUGGUAAAAAUAUACGUAAUAUAUUAAUUACCCUCAAA